AUGUUUGCCUAUCUUUGUUCAUCUGCCUCGCCAGAAAACCCCCAUAUCUACCUUACCAAGUUCUUUACUCUCUACCGACUUAUUGAAAAAGAUGAUGUUACAAUUCUAACAAAGGAUGUAUCAGAUAAUUUCUCAACGAACUUAUCGUUGGAAGAUAAAGAGAAAUCCAACAGAAAAUCAGGUUCCUUACUCGGGAGCAGUAUGACAAGAACUCCAAAGCCCUCAAUAGAGCUUAGCGGGGCUGAUAAAUUAGAAUGGUCAAAGGGAGGUGGUUCCACAGAAAUUAAGGAACUUAGGAAGAUUCUUCUACAUGAAUCACAAUCCUGGUUUCUCAAAUUCUUGGAUGGAGCACUUGAUGUUGGCUUCCAGCUAGAAUAUCAAGAAAAUAAAGGGAAGGAAAGCUUUGCACGUUUUCUGGAACCAAACAACCACAUUGCUACUGCAUUGUCACAGCUGAAGCAGGCAAAUGAAUGGUUAGAUAAACUGAGAAGCAAGUUGAGCGCAGAGAAAAAUGGGUUGCUGGAGACUGUUGAUAGCUUGAAGCAAAAAGUUUAUGCUUGUUUGCUUGCUCAUGUGGAUUCAGCAGCACUAGCAUUGGGAAAUAGAUAG